AAAGAUGGGUUUUAAGUAGCCAAUUUAAAGAGGAGACCACUGGUUCUGGGAGCUUCAUUUCCACGGUUACUUCGUCCCAAAGCCGAGGAGCCCUGAUGGCAAAAUGCAGAGUCACCUUAAGUUUUGAGCCUGGACAUUGGAAAAGUCACCAAAGGAUCUGUGAUUGGACUCAUACGGGGUCAACAAGUAGGAAACUGCAGUGAAAACUUACACAUGUAAUCUCCUUUUAAAGUCAGUUGCAGUGAUCAUUUCUGCGCACAAAGCCCAUAUAGAAAAGUAGCCGGACUGUUUUUACUUCAGCCUGGAUUUGAAAUGGCUAAAAUUCAAAUCCAGAGCAAAAACAUGGUGUUGGCAUGACUCAGGAAGUGGUGAUGAAACAACAAAGGCAGAGAAAGCAGAAGUGUGACAGACACUUUGCAGACAGCCAGACAGAAAGUACCUCCGAAAGACUGGCACCGAUGAGUAGCAGCAGCAGCAGCACCAUGCCAAGCAACUGUUCGCUUGAAGAGGUGGACCACCAGAUGAGAUAUCUGGAGCUGUUCAUCUACAUCCCCAUCUUCCUGUUUGGCUCGAUUCUCAAUGUUGCGGCGCUCUUAGUGUUCUGUGUCUGUCUGCGGAAAUGGACCGAGUCAACCAUCUACAUGACCAGCUUGGCUCUGAUGGACCUGCUCUUGCUGAUCCCUCUUCCCUUCAAAAUGCACGCCGCCAAUCACUUUUGGCCUUCCUACCUGCAGCCACUCUGUUCGGUGCUGGAAAGCUUGUAUUUCGCCGGAACGUACGGCAGCAUCUACACCAUCGUGUGUAUAGCCGUGGACCGAUGGGUGGCCAUCUGCCACCCGUUCAGAGCCAAGCAACUGCGUUCCCCCAGAGCGGCGCUGGGGAGCUGCGUCGGGGUGUGGGUGCUGGUGCUGGCAGUGGUCUCCUCAACCACCCACCGCUUCAGGGGGACCACGCAGACGGACUUCCACUGCUUCCACAGUUUUGCGGAUCAAAUCUGGAGCCCUCGGUUGAUCGUCUGCGUGCUGGCCUUUGGGUUCCUGGGGCCUGCGUUGGUGGUGGUCUACUGUUCGGUUCAGACCAUCUGGGCACUCAAGCAGUCCGGCCAGCGCAGCCCGCAGAGCCGCGCCUGUGUGAAGAUCAUUUUCAGCAGUCUGAGUGCCUUCGUGCUUCCGUUCAGCCCCAGCCACCUGGGCAUCCUCCUGCAGUUCCUGGUACAUCAAAAAAUUAUUCAAGACUGCGACAACAUGACCAGGAUCAGCAUGUUCUUACAGACAGCUAUGUGCCUGUCCAACAUCACCUGCUGUCUGGACGCUCUGUGCUACUACUUCAUUGCUCAUGAGGUGAGGAGCCCCAAACAUACCUCCAGGUUAUCAAGGAUCAGCCAAAGAAGAGCCACCUUCAGCACUUCAGAGGUCUAACACACUGGAUUUUUUGUAAAGUACAUAUA